CAGUUCUUGACAAGUAGAACGUGCACUUCGCAACUUUUUUUUCCCGAGUUCCCAAGUAGAUGUCAAAAAAAGUCAGGAGGCGGUAGCGUUUGAUGUGUUGAAUUCUGCGUGUUUUAAAAAUUUUCUUUGGAUUGUCCACAUUAAUUAGUUGAGAGAAGUUGAUAGAAAUGACGUCGAUUACGUUUCCGUGUCUUCUACUGGCGAAUCGUCUGCCGAGUCUCGUUCGAAAUGGUUUAAAUUCAAGAUCUCGUCAAAUUCUCGCUACAGUCACAAGCCACCAACGAAAUUAUGCUAGCGGCGAAACGAAACAGGAACCAGUUCAACAGGAAGUCGAGCAGACAGAAAACGAGAAAAAACUUGCAACCGAAAUUGAAUCAUUGACAAAAAAUGUGCAAGAACUCAAAGAGAAAAACGAGGAGCUUUUGGAUAAAUACAAACGAGCAUUGGCUGAUGGGGAAAAUCUGCGAGUGCGUCUAACAAAACAAAUUGAAGAUGCAAAAAUUUUCGGCAUUCAAAGCUUCUGCAAGGACUUACUGGAAGUAGCAGAUAUUUUAGGUUCGGCGACAGAUGCUGUGCCGAAAAGUGAGGUAACAGAUAAAAACCCGCAUCUGAAGAAUCUCUACGAAGGUCUGUCAAUGACUCGAGCAUCAUUGAUGCAGGUUUUCACACGGCACGGUCUGGAGCAAGUGAAUCCAAUCAAUGAGAAAUUUGAUCCCAAUUUACACGAAGCUCUGUUCCAAAAGGAGGCACCCGGCGUAGCGCCCAACACAGUUGUGGAAGUUAGCAAAAUUGGCUACAAACUGAAGACACGUUGCAUACGGCCCGCUUUAGUCGGGGUAUCGAAGAAUUCAUAGUAAUAUGUUCACCUUUAAUUUUUUCCCGACACACAAAACAAAACACACAUCCUAAAAUCUUUUAUAAUAUAUUAUAGUCCCUUGAGUGCUGGUGAUAUGACUGAGAGUGUUGCAAAGAAGUAGCUGAUGAAGAGAGACAUAGAAGAAGAGUGUGGGGAAGAACGUUGUUUUUUUAUGUUCCUCCUCCCACAUGAAUUUUUUUCAUUUUUUGUUUUUUGUUCAUUUUUCCUAAUUGAAAGAAUGUUGAAAUAUUUAGGCAUUUACCGGUCGAGUAGGGUCGAGCUGAAAGCAUUACGUGUAACACUAGAGUUCAACAGUAAGAACUUAAAAUUCUCAACUGAAUACAGAGCUUUAAAUUUUAUUGUAUGAAGCUGAUAUGAGGAGAAUAUGUUUAAAACAGAAAUAAGACCUUUGACUGUGGUGUGAAGAUAUCGGAUAAUAUCGUGUGCAUAAUGUACAUCAGCCCGAAUUGUUAUUGAGACAACAUGUUUUUAUUGUUUUCUCGGAAAACGUAAUAAAAUUCAUGCGUUUUGUAUUUUAA